GCAACGAACGGCCGCGGCGGCGACAGCUAGCGCUUGAGAGGAAGAGGCUGCAGAGGAGGAAGAAGAAGAGCAGGGCAAGGCGGGAGUUACAGGCGGGACCGUUGUCAUGGGUCUGCGGACCUAGAGCGGCGGGAGCUACUGGCCCAGUGCCGAACUGGCUGCUGCUGCUUCCUGUGGCCCCAAUGGCUGAGGACUGGCUGGACUGCCCAGCCCUGGGCCCUGGCUGGAAGCGCCGUGAGGUCUUUCGCAAGUCAGGUGCCACCUGCGGACGCUCAGACACCUAUUACCAGAGCCCCACAGGAGACAGGAUCCGAAGCAAAGUAGAGCUGACCCGAUACCUAGGCCCUGCGUGUGACCUGACCCUCUUCGACUUCAAACAAGGCGUCCUGUGCUAUCCAGCCCCCAAGGCCCAUUCCUUGGCUGCCCCCAGCAGGAAGCAGAAGAAGCCUUCAAGGCCAGCCAAGGCUCAGAAACGUCUGGUUGGACCUCAGAGGAAUGAGGUCAGGAAGGAGGCCCCAGGGGAUGAGACCAAGGCUGACACUGAUACAGCCCCAUCUUCGCUCCCUGCACCUGGGUGCUGUGAGAAUUGUGGAAUCAGUUUCUCAGGGGAUGGUAUCCGAAGGCAGCGGCUCAAGACAUUGUGCAAGGACUGCCGAGCGCAGAGAAUUGCCUUCAACCGGGAGCAGAGGAUGUUUAAGCGAGUGGGCUGCGGGGAGUGUGCAGCCUGUCGGGUAACGGAGGACUGCGGGGCCUGCUCCACCUGCCUUCUGCAGCUGCCCCAAGACGUGGCCUCAGGGCUAUUCUGCAAGUGUGAGCGGAGACGGUGCCUCAGAAUUGUGGAAAGGAGCCGAGGGUGUGGAGUGUGCCGGGGCUGUCAAACCCGAGAGGACUGUGGCCGCUGCCGAGUCUGCCUUCGCCCUCCCCGCCCUGGUCUCAGGCGCCAGUGGAGGUGCGUCCAGCGGCGCUGCCUACGGCACCUUGCCCACCGCCUCCGUCGCCACCAUCAGCGAUGUCAACGACGCCCUCCCCUAGCUGUGGCUCCCCCUGCUGGUAAACAUGGCCGCCGCAGGGGAGGCUGCGACUCCAAGAUGGCUGCCCAGCGGCGGCGCCCUCGAACCCAGCCGCUGCCUCCACCUCCCCCAUCUCAGCCUCCAGAAUCCCCAGAGCUGCACCCCAGAGCCCUGGCCCCCUCGCCACCUGCUGAGUUCAUCUAUUACUGUGUAGACGAGGACGAGCUACAGCCUUACACGAAUCGCCGACAGAACCGCAAGUGUGGGGCCUGUGCAGCCUGCCUUCGGCGGAUGGACUGUGGCCACUGCGACUUCUGCUGUGACAAGCCCAAAUUUGGGGGCAGCAACCAGAAGCGCCAGAAGUGUCGUUGGCGCCAAUGCCUGCAGUUUGCCAUGAAGCGGCUGCUGCCAAGUGUCCGGGCAGGGUCCGAGGAUGGAGCAGGGUCGCCCCCACCUUACACUCGUCGAAAGAGGCCUGGCUCUACUCGACGGCCCCGUCCGAAGCCCCCUUCAGCCACACCCACAGCCCGACCAGACCGUGCCCAGGUUCCAAUGAAGCAGGAAGCAGGCAGUGGCUUUGUACUGCCCCCACCUGGCACCGACCUUGUGUUCUUACGGGAGGGUGCAAGCAGUCCCGUGCAGGUGCCUGGCCCUGCCCCAGCUUCCACAGAAGCCCUGUUGCAGGAGGCCCAGUGCCCCGGCCUGAGUUGGGUUGUGGCCUUACCCCAGGUGAAGCAAGAGAAGGCGGAUGCCCAAGAAGACUGGACACCGGGCACAGCCAUCCUGACUUCUCCUGUAUUGCUGCCUGGCUGCCCCAGCAAGGCAGUAGACCCAGGCCUGCCACCUGUGAAGCAAGAGCCACCUGACCCUGAGGAGGACAAGGGGAAGGAGAGCAAAGAUGACUCCACCUCUGACUCGGCCCCAGAGGAGGCAGGAGGGGCUGGCACACCUGUGAUCACGGAGAUUUUCAGCCUGGGUGGAACCCGCCUCCGGGACACAGCAGUCUGGUUGCCAAGGUGUGCCCCGCACAGUGAGAGUCUGCAGGGCAGGCAUUCGGGAAGGGAAGAUGGAUAUAAAGUGUGGGAGACUGAGGACACAUUGGCGCUCACGAGCAGGAGCUGGAACCCACGAGGAUGGCCUGGAACCCAUGUCAGUCUCUCACCACCUCCAGUUUCGAUGAUUUGGGUGUCCUGCAGAAGAAGCUGGUGCCCUUCAUCACAGAGUUAAAUAUGCAUCUGACCCAGGAAUUAGAGAAGCUGAAGGAAGAUUCCGGGGAAGGUGGAGCAGCUGCAGGCCUGGCUGCAGGCCUGCCUGCUGCCCCACACCAACGAGGUGAGCCAGCAGAUACAUGACAACAUGUGUGAACUGCAACAGUGCCUGGUGCCCCUGCACCAACCUUCCAAGUGUAAAAACAAUAUGCUGCUGCUUCACUUCUGCCCUCCAGUUAUCACGCAAAUGUCUCUGGUGGCCCAUCCUAACUGGAAGCAUACGGGGCAGGGAGUUCUGGGAGACGUAGCCUAGUCAAGGUGAUACAUUACAAAGCCACCCUGCCAUGAAUCAGCUCCCAAGGGUCUCACUACUCACCUGAGGAUAACUUGAUAAAGCUACGUUGCUGAAAAUGCAAAGCUGAAGACCAUGGAUUUCAUGGUGACCCCAGCAAGUACAGAAAUUCUGUCAAGCCCACCCAGAAAAAAACUUGCUGGUCUCGGCUAUUUUUGUGUGGUUCAUUCAAGUAUUGAGAACCUGGCCCAUGGUAGGCACUGUACUUAAUACUGGGAUACAGGAAUGAGAAAGAUAUAGCCCAUACGAUUUUAUUAAAUGCAUCAAUAUGUAUUACAAAUGGUGAAUGGAGUUCCAACUUUAUCAUGGAAUUUAAUGGUGAAAAUAUAGAAUUCAGGAAACUAUCAGGAGGACAGCCUUUGCGUGAACCUUGUUGGGGCACAAUAGGAAUUGGAAGUAAUGUGGUUUCUAUCCCUAAGCUGUUGUAUUUUUAAAUUAUUUUUAAAUGAUUUUUAUUGUCCCAUUUGCUGAUUCAUAUACUUAGUGUUUCUUUUGGGAGUGUCUUGAUGGUGGUAACAGUGUUGACUGCCUCUGAGAAAGUGGGAUAGUGGGUAGCAAGAUCAAGGUCAGGUUCUGUCCAAGGACCUUGGGCGAAUCUCUUCUCUAGGCCACCGAAGGGAUUUGGCUAAAGGCCAGGGCUUACCGCACCGGGGUGCCGGGCCGGCCCCUCCGACCUCCGAAUAGGCUCGCCAGGGGGCGCCGGGGCCGCGGUCCUCCCACUGGGGUCUGGAGACAGCUGUCCCCCAGCCCUGGCCUGGGCGGCCCUGGGGCGUGGCCUCUGCUCGCCGUUUCCCUGGGCCAUCCCAGAGGGAAGCCGACUCCCCUUCAAAUAGUGGUAAAGCCGGCAAAACCCAAUCGGAGUUAAAUUAUCGGGUUCUCCCAGGGUGAGGGCGCGGCGCGACGAGCUCGGGACCAACGCUAGGACGUUCGAGGGCAGCCGGGUGUGGCCUAGGGUCGGCUUCCACCGCGCCGAAAACUUCGACGGGACUCUCCAGGCUGUACGACCUCGGGGGGUGCCCGACCGGCGUCCCUGAAUCUCGGCGGCUUCGCCCAAACCCCGCGUCUGGCGUAGGGCGUUUUCAUUGUCUCCCAUCUUCCCCAAGGGUGUGGUGUGAGGGGUGGUGCUUUCCAGAACAGCCGUCAGGCCAGGCCCCCGUGGGACCCAAAGAUCAAGGAACUGGCCCUCAAGACUCCGUCCAUGGAACCGAGCUGACCGUCUAAUUUCUGUCUUUUUUGUUUGUUUCAGGCUACGUAAACUCUUAGCAGUAAAUGAAAAUGAGUAUUUUACCGAACUGCAAUUGAAAGAAGAAGCAUUAUAG